GCAGUGGACGAAAUCCGGUGCCCCGCCGGGGCGCCCCCGCCCCGAGGGCGGGGCCGGAAUCCUCCCAGCAGGUGCAGGGGGCGUUGCCCGGCCCUGCCCCCGGGGGCUGUUCUUGGAGGCCAGGGGCGGGUCAGAGAAGCGGCCGGCGCAGGCGACGCCUUGGAACCCGCGGGCGGCGACUGCGGCCACAGGUGCUGCGCAGAGCACCGUGUUCCAGCUCUGGGCAUCAAAACUCCGGCGCUGGGAACCAAGGCUUCCGAACUGCUCCCCACCCUGGACCCCGAGGCGCCGCGCCGGAGAGCGGAGCCCUGGGGUCGUCUGAAGCGCGGGGCCCCGAGCCCCUGGGGUCCGAUAGCGAAGUCCUGGGGCCUGCCGCAGAGCAGGGCGCGGAGACCCCCGAGCAAGAGAGCGAAGUCCUCGGGCCAUCAGCGGGGCAGGACGCAGAGCGGCCCGGGCCGUCCGCAGCUGGAGGCUUGGAGAGUCCUGGGCCAGGCAGCGCCGACCUUGAGCCGUCUGAGGCGCGAAGCGCGGGGGUCCUGGAGCAGUGUCCCGAGACCUCCUCCUCAGGGUCAGACUCGGGAGCCCACCAGCAUUUUCCAUUGCGCCCCGAGACUCCCCAGCAGUCCGCAGAGGAGCCGCUCAUGGAGACGCCCAUCGAGCGCGAAAUCCGCCGCAGCUGCGAACGCGAGGAGAGCCUGCGCCGGAGCCGAGGCCUGAGCCCAGGCCGUGCGGGCCGCGAACUCGUCGAGCUGCGCGUGCGGCCGGUGCUCAGCCUGCCGGGCCCCGGCCCCGCGCUCCCGCGCGCCUUGGAGCGCGCGCGGGCGGGCGCGCAGAUGCAGCGAGACAUCGAGCGGGAGGCUCACCGGCAGGCGGCGCUGGUGCUCCCCGCGGGCCCGGAGCGCCGCGCCCGGCAGCCGCCGCCGCCGCUGGGCGAGCUCAAGCGCUUCUUCGAGGCCGCCGGCGGGUGCGGCUCCUCGCCGGCGGCGGAGGGCGGCGCGGGCCUGCAGCCGCUGCCCGAGCCCGGAGGCCGGCUGCGCUCGGCGGCGCAGGGCCACUGCCCGGUGCUGGCCCGCGCCCCGCCGCCCCUCGCGCCGUCGCUGCUGGAGCAGGAGGUGCGCGAGGUGCACGAGCGCGAGCGGGAGCUGCAGCGCCAGCGGCUCAGCGUCUACGGCACCGCCGAGUUCAAGGAGCCCGCGCCCAGCCUUACGGCAAGCAGGGGUGAUGGAAAGCUGGCAGUGAUCUGGCCUCCCCGCAGAAAGGCGUCGGAGAACGGCUUGGAGCAGGAGGAGCGGAAGCCUUGAGGUUCGAGCCGGCUGGGACCCCCGGCCAGAAGGAACAUGCCCGUCAGAGGCCCGGGCAGGGGCGCCCAGGAGUGCCCUCCGGAUGGGCGGAAGGCCUGGAGAGGGGCCUGCGGUCUGCGCCCGGGAAGAUGAAAUCGACCAGCGCAUCCUUGAACCUGACUUUGUGAAACUGACCAGUCUCGUCUAUAAACUGUUAGUCCCCUUGGGAAACACAAUCCAGAGGUGAAACUGUGCAGCCCUUGUCCACCUAACCGCGAAGCACACUAGCCUCUCCCUCCGGCCUUAACUGUUAGAGGGCCAGGGUCACCGCCUCGGCUGCCCCCGCUCCCCAAUAAAGCCCCUUCUUUCUGGGCAGCGCAGGCUGUUUUCUUCUGGGUCCUCUUCGUCUGGGGUGGGGCGGGAGCGCGGCGGCA